UGAACGGGAGAUUUCCCUCUGACCUGGCAACGCGUGACGCGCAAGUCUGAGCCAAUCUCCAUCCCUUCCCACACGUGUCGUGCCGUGGGUCCCCUUUGGUGACCCCUGCCCCCCACACCAUGCGCUCCCUGCUCCGCCUCGCCUCCUACAGGGGUCCGGGUCCCCUCUGCAGAGCCCCCAGGACCAUGACCUCGGCACCGCGGCCCCCGGCAGGCCGGCCCGGCCUCCUUGGGCCCGUGGAGCGAGAGGAGAGGCUGGCCGAGCUCGGCGAGGCCGGCUGGACGAUGGCCGAGGGACGGGACGCGCUCACCAAGAGGUUCACCUUCGCCAGCUUCAACCAGGCGUUUGGGUUCAUGACGCGCGUCGCGAUGCAGGCCGAGAAGAUAAAUCACCACCCAGAGUGGAGCAAUAUCUACAAUAAGGUGAGCGUGACCCUGACGUCGCACGACUGCGGUGGGGUCACGGAGCGCGACGUGCGGCUCGCUCGCUUCAUGGACAGAGCGGCCUCCACCACCACCUCCGCCACCACCACCACCGCCACCACCGCCGCCACCACCGCCACCACCGCCACCACCGCCUCCGCCACCUCCGUCACCACCGCCUCCACCACCACCGCCACCACCACCACCGCCGCGGCGGCGGCGACGAAGACAAAGACGACGCCGGCGACGUGAAGAGGGGGCGGCACACGAACUCCGUGUGUCCACAAAGACAACGAUCGUGAUGCAGAUGAUGGUGGUGACAGUGACGACGACGAUAAGCAUGAUGCCUGUGAUAUAAUGAUGAUGUUAACAACGAUGAUGAUGAUGACUGCAGUGAUGGUGAUGACAGUGACGAUGAUGACGAAGAUGAUAAGGAUGAUGUCUAUGAUAAGGAUGUCUACAACGAUGAUGACGACGACGACCACCACGAUAUGACAACGAUGAAUCGUAUGUUUUAUGAUGGCGAUGAUGACGACUGAUGAUGGCGAUGCAAGCGAUGGAACCCCCAUGGGUGAGCUGUGCCUCCGGUGAACACCAAUGACAGCGGAGGUGAUGGUGGCGAUAAUAGCGAUGCCAAUGAUGAUGUCGAAGGUGAUGAUGGUAACGAAGAUGAUGACAUGUCAGUGGUUGGUUGAUGGUGACAGCCAUGAUGAUGGUGAUUUGACCGGACGCUACAGACGUUUCCACGAUAUUUUCCUUCUUCACAAUAAAUUGAGAUGCUUGCUUUCG